AUGGAUGAGCAAUCACGUGAAGUCUUUGAGACCAUUGCGGGCUUCUGGGGCUUGAGCCAUGAGCAACCUCGUGACAAGUACGUGGUGUUGGACAUAUGUGGCGAGGGCCAAUCGCCGCACGUUGAUCACAUCAAUCUCGAGGACUUGGCCGACUAUAACCUGGAUUUUCUGGACCUGGAAUCUCAGAGCUCACCACCUCAAAAUUCCAGGCGGGUGGUACCCACCAUUUCGGUCAUUCUGUACUUCAAUGCUGUUGGGGGCAUUCGAUUUCCCCAUGCGCAAGACUGUGGAACGAUCGCCGCAGAGCGUGGUAGAAUUGUGAUGUUUCAGAAUUACAACGACAGCCAACGUCCGGAUCAUGAUCCGCUAGCUGCCCAUUACG